AUGUCUGAAAAGAAGUCUGAGUCCCCUUCUAAUUCUGUUGGUACUGAUCAUUUGGCUAGCUCUUCUCGGUUUCGUGAAAGGUUGUCCAUUACCUCCACCCCUUUGAAUGGUAAGAAUUAUGCUGUUUGGGCUAGAGCCGUUGAGGUUUAUUAUGUAGGUCAGAAAUGUUAUCAUUAUUUGACAGAUGAUCCACCCGCCGCGACUGCUACUACAUAUGAGACAUGGGUAUCUGAGGAUGCUAAUAUUCGGUCUGAUUUAUGGAAUAGUAUGGAAGAACAUAUUGCUAGCACGCUGGUUUUCUUACCUACGGCCAAGCAAGUAUGGACACAAGCUCAGGAGAUGUAUUUUGGUGUUAACAAUCUCUGUCGCACAUAUGAUCUUCAUCAGUCCUUCUUUUCUAUCUCACAGGGUGACUUAUCUUUGGAGGCUUAUUAUUCUAAGUUUCGUGGUAUCUGUGAGGAGCUUAAUAUAUGUGAGCCGAUUUCCUCUGAUGUUAAGGUCAUGCGGCGCCAGCGUGAGCGUAUGCAAGUUGCUCGACUUAUAUCUGGUGCAUCAUCCACGUAUGGUCCUGUCCUUAAUCAUUUGUUGGGGUCUCGCGAUCUUCCUUCUCUUAGCGAGGUAUUUAGUCGCAUUCGUCAGUCUUCUGUAUCUGUAUCUGCGCCACCUCCUGAUCGUUCAGCAUUGACUUCUGUUGUUUCUGGUACUUCAUUUAGCCGUGGUCGUGGUCGUGGUUGUGGUCGCGGCCGUGAGUCUGGUUUUAAUAGUCGUGUUCGUGACUCUGGAUUUAGUGGACGUGGCUCUGGCCGUGGUUUUGGUGGACAUGAUUCUAGUAUGGGUAAUUGUGGUUCUGGUAUUGGUGGUUUUGGUCGUGCUUUUGGUGGUCGCAUGUCAGGAGGAGGUAAUCGUGGUCGUGGCCGUGAUUCCCGAUCAUGUACUCAUUGUGGGGGAACCAAUCACACUGUGGACACGUGCUAUGAUCUUCAUGGGUUCCCUCAGGCUCAUCAAGCUGCUAUUUUUGAGGAUGCUGAACCAUUUCCUCACCCUACUGACUCUAUGGUGACUAUUUCUGCAGAAGAGUAUCAGCGACUUGUGUCUAAUCAGACUUCAUCCUCUACUGUUACGCUUGCUCAGACCAGUCCCUCCGUUGCUUGUGUUGCUUUUUCUCAUUCUUCCACCUAUUGGGUUAUCGAUUCUGAUGCUUCAGAUCAUAUGACUGGUACAUCUACUAUCUUUUCCAGUCGUCGGUCUUCGUCAUCAGUUUCUCCCUAUCAACAACAUUGUCGUCUGGGUCAUCCCUCACUUCAAAAUCUGAAGCGUUUGGUGCCAUCAUUUAGUCAUGUUAAGGACUUGCAAUGCGAAGUCUGUGAGUUUAGUAAACACCGUCGAGUGUCUUUCUAUCCUAGGGUUGAGCGUCGUGUGUCACGUCCUUUUCAGUUAGUACAUUCGGAUAUUUGGGGUCCUAUUCAUGUUCCCACUUUAGCUGGUUUUCAGUAUUAUGUUAUUUUUGUCGAUGAUUUCUCUCGUGUUACAUAUCUUUAUCUUAUGAAAACGAGAUCAGAGUUGUCUUCUGUCUUUAAGUCAUUUUAUGCAGAAAUAAAGACUCAGUUUGAUACUUGCAUUCGUAUUUUUCGUUCCGAUAAUGCACGUGAAUAUUUUCAUAAUGCUCUUUCUCGUUUUUUUGAUGAUCAUGGGAUAAUUCACCAGUCUUCUUGCGCUCGGACUCCACAACAAAAUGGGGUUGCCGAACGCAAGAUCCGACACUUAUCUGAAGUUAUGCGUGCCAUGUUAAUCCAAAUGCAGGUCCCUAAGUCUUACUGGAGUGAUGCUGUUCUUACAACCUGUUACUUGAUUAACUUUAUGCCCUCCACUGUUCUUGGUGGUCAAAUACCGCAUGACGUUUUAUUUUCAGAUGUUCCUCCUACUCCUAUGCCACCCUUGCAGGUAUAUGUUCGUCAACGAAAAAGAUUAACAGCCCCACCAGUGCCUACUGUCGCGCCUCCUCCGUCCCUAGAUCCCGCUUCACCACCACCACCACCACCUCCACUCCCAUUUCCACCAUCACCUGAUCUUCCUAUUGCUCUUCGCAAAGGUAUUCGGUCUUGCACUACUCAUCUUAUUACUCAGUUUGUUUCCUAUAAUCAUCUGUCUCCGUCUCUUCGUACUUUUACUACUUCUGUUUCGUCCAUUUUUGUUCCUAACACUGUUUAG